CUUUGUCUGCGUGAUCCAUUCGUCAGAAUCGUCAUUGAUAAACUAAGACGCUAAUGCUCAAAGUAGCUUAGUUCCAAACGAGCAACCCCGUAGUUGCCUAGUGCACCUUUGUCGGUUCCCCGAGCUUCGCAAGUACAUCAACAACUCUCUCACCCUCAAUCAUCUCCUCCUUCUUCAUUCCAUUAAUACUAUCUCGAAGACAGCUUUAAUAACUGUUCUUCAUCCAUCACUUUUAUCAUCUCUCAAUAUUCAAUCAAUCCUCACAUAGAGUCUUUGUUUUCUCUUUCAUUGAAAGUCGCAGGCAGACCAUCAGCUUCUUAUCUCAUCUAUUCAUAAUGCGUGGGCUCGUCAGCUUGUCGCUUUUGCCGCUCUUGGCUUCUUCAGCGCCAACAUUCAGCACUGAAACCAUUCACGAAGGUGCUGCUCCUCUCCUUUCAUCAUCAAACUCUGUAGCUGUCCCAGACUCCUACAUUGUUGUAUUCAAGAAGCAUGUCACCGAGGCCUCUGCCAGUGAGCAUCACAGUUGGGUUCAAGACAUCCACUCAAACGGUGAAGCCCAACGAACCGAACUCCGAAAGAGAGGACAAUUCCCUAUCACCACCGAUAUCUUCGAGGGUCUCAAGCACACAUAUAACAUUGCCGGUGACUUCCUGGGUUACUCGGGUCACUUUGAUGAUUCUGUUAUUGAAGAAGUCCGAAGACAUCCUGAUGUAAGUACAAACCCUUCUUCCUUUUCCGCCGCAAUUGCGUCCUUUCUAUCUUCAAUUUUGGUUCCAACUGGAAAGAAGCCAUCCUUAUCUCGAUGUUUCCCCUUAUCUUGAUACUACCAACAAAGGCUUUAAAAGCCCAUUGUUGUUGACUCAACCUUCUUGGUACACACGUAAGCGGCAAGCUCGCACGUGAUGGCUCAUCAUUCUCAAUCCUUGGUCUAUUCAAUUUACGCAACAGUUGUGCUAACCAAUUCUCUUGCAGGUCGAAUACGUUGAGAAAGAUUCCAUCGUACACACAUUAGGGGAUAGCGAGGGUGAGAUCGAGAAGAAUGCCCCUUGGGGCUUGGCUCGUAUCUCUCACAGAGACAGCUUGAGCUUCGGCACAUUCAACAGAUACUUGUAUGCCGCUGAUGCGGGUGAGGGAGUCGAUGCCUACGUCAUUGACACUGGAACCAACACCGAACAUGUUGAUUUCGAAGGUCGUGCACACUGGGGUAAGACUAUCCCAGCUGGCGAUGCUGAUGAGGAUGGAAACGGACACGGAACUCAUUGCUCCGGUACCGUCGCUGGUAAGAAGUAUGGUGUUGCCAAGAAAGCCCACGUCUAUGCCGUCAAGGUACUCAGAUCCAAUGGCUCCGGUACCAUGGCAGAUGUUGUAAAGGGUGUUGAAUGGGCUGCCAACUCCCACACUAAGAAGGUUAAGGAGGGCAAGAAAGGCUUCAAGGGUUCUGUUGCCAACAUGUCCCUUGGUGGUGGCAAGUCUCCUGCUCUUGAUCGUGCCGUUAACGGUGCCGUUGCUGCUGGUAUUCACUUCGCAGUCGCCGCUGGUAACGAUAACGCCGACUCUUGCAACUACUCCCCUGCUGCUGCCGAGAACGCCAUCACUGUCGGUGCUUCCGCUCUCGAUGAUUCCCGUGCCUACUUCUCCAACUACGGUACCUGCAACGACAUCUUUGCUCCUGGUUUGAGCAUUCUGUCAACCUGGAUCGGUAGCAAAUAUGCCACCAACACCAUCUCUGGUACUUCCAUGGCCUCUCCCCACAUCUGUGGUCUCUUGGCCUACUAUCUUUCUCUUCAACCAUCUAGUGACUCUGCUUACGCCGUUGCUGAGAUUACCCCCAAGAAGAUGAAGGAGAACCUUCUCUCUGUUGCAACCGAGGGUGCUCUCUCUGAUGUUCCAUCCAACACCAAGAACAUCCUUGCAUGGAACGGUGGUGGAUCCUCCAACUACACCUCUAUUAUCAAGGCUGGUGGAUAUGCUGCUAAGGCAUCCAAGAAAGUUCCAACAACUGUUGAGCUAUUGGAGAAGGCCAUCGAGAAUGACUUCAACAUGCUCUCUGGCAAGGUUGUUAAGGGGGGCGAGUCUAUCGUCUCCAAGACCGAGGAGCUCUCUAAGAAGAUUCAAAAGAUCGUUGAUGAGGAGAUCAGCGAGUUUUUCGAGGAGUUCAGCUCUUAGAUUUAGAUACGGCUCGAUGCCAUAUUUUGGCAUAGAUCUUGAAGGACAUGGUUCUUCACUAUUUCCUUUCACUUUGUUAUGAUGGUUAUGGGUUGGAGCCGGAUGGAUGUCUCCAUAUGCAUCUUUUGGUUACAGGGUUUUUUUAUUGCGGUCUGCGUCUAGGAACACUAGGGGGUCUCGCGUCUUAAGACUUGAUAGACCAGUAUUUAUAUUAAAUUGUAACAACUCAUUAUUUCUAAUAACAAGCAUGUAUUUCGUGACAAUA